UUGCUUCGGAAAGGCACAUUGGAGGAAGCCAACCACGAAGAUAUCAUCCACCUCGAAGGCUAAGGAUCGCCAACGAGACGCCUUUCUCUCAUCUCUCCUCGGUUUGAGUGGGAAGUGGGUUUCUUUGUAAAGGUGUCAUCUUGUAGCGAUGAGGUGAUUAUGGAGAUAGGCAGGACGGCGGCUGCAGCAGCGGCGGACGGUGGUUGGAGUGGUGGGGAAAGGACGGAGAUGGUAGCGAGAGGGAGGAGUGACGUGAAGCCUGUGUUCGGCAUCGGAAUCGCUCUCUUCUUUGCCGGUUUCGUCGUCUCCCAGCUCCGGCCCCGCUCCCGCCCUCCUCCCCCUCCUCCGCCAUCUCGUCAAACCUCCUCUGCAGAGUCGAAAACUGGUGGGAGUGAUAGCAUCGAUCGCCUCGAAGAACUCCGAAUCCCAAAAGGCGAAGAAGCUUUGUCAAAGAGCAACAACGUCACGUCCACCACCGCCGUGAAGCUGUCUUCUACCAGUAGUACCUCAGGCAACGAACAGGGUGUCGUCUUACCUGAAUCGAAUGACACUCUGAUGAAAGAAUUUGAGGUGACAAGCAAGGACAUGAAAACCGCCCCAGAGACUGCGAUGGGGCAGGAGAUCGCAAGCCUUAGGGAGUUGGUUUCGUCCCUGCGAGAGAGGAAAAGGAGUCUUGAGCUCCAAUUGCUAGCUUAUCAUGGAGCUAAAGAGAAAGAGGCUGCUGCGCAAGAGCUUGAGAAUCGAUUGAAAAUUAGCGCAGUCGAGGCUAAAUUGUAUGUUUUGAGGAUCCAAUCCUUGCAGGAUGACAAGCGGAGGCUGGAAUCACAGCUGGCCGAUCAUUCAAGGACAAGGAAUGAGCUCGAGGCCUCAAGAGCAAAGAUUAAGGUUUUCAAGCAGAAGUUGAAAGCGGACAGGGAGCAAGCAAAAGAGAUAAUGGCCUCCCUUCACCAAAGGAUCAGUUCGCUGCAGUGCAGGGAGCAGAAGGAUGAGGUAAACGAUGCAGAGUUGGAGAAGAAGUUGAAGGGAUUGGAAGACGAGACUGUAGAACUCAGAAUGGUCAAUUCAAGGCUUGCAGAGGAGAAUUCAGGUUUGGUGAUGAAGUUGGCAUCCACACAAAUGACUGCUGCGGCUUCUCAAGUUCUCCAGGGUGCAGAGGUAGAAGCAUCGGAGGAAGCAGACCGCUCGAGGGAAGCGAAUCGAGAACUGAUGGAGGAGAUUGAGCAGCUCCGAGCAGAUCGUUAUGCCGACGCUGAGGAAUUGGUGUAUCUUCGAUGGGUGAAUGCUUGUUUAAGGUACGAGCUGAGGAACUACCAGCCACCUCCAGGAACAACAGUUGCAAGAGAUCUCAGCAAGAGUUUGAGUCCCAAAUCCGAAGCGAAGGCCAAACAGCUCAUACUGGAGUACGCCGAUUCGGGUGCUACGGAGAAAAGCUCAAAUCUUGCCGAAAUUUAUUCAGAAUUUUUUUCUUCUUCUUCAUCACAAGCAUCUUCUGAAGAACCAGAAGAUCCUGCCAUUAAUGCUUCGUCCUCAACCGAAGCAAAGUUUCUCAGCAAGCUCAAAAAGCUAGUUCUUGGAAAAGGCAAACAAAACACAGGAACAUGGUCUGAGAUUCCAGAGAAAGGAGCAUCCUUCUCCACUUGUUCUGCUGAUGAUGUGAUUCGAAGAAGUUCAUAUGAUAGCUCAACCGAUCGAUUAGCAGGAAUGGAAGCACACACAACCGGAAGACAGCAUAACAAAGAUGAUUCCUCUCGAAUCAACUCCGGGUUGUCUUCGGACAUCCAAAUGCUACGCAGGCCUGAUGCGGAAGAAGCAAGGGAGGAAAAAGGUAUACCACAUAGGAAUGAUCCAGUUGACCAAGAAGAUACCUACAUAAAAAAGCUUGCAGAUGCUUUGAUGGAUUCAAGACAGGUGAUCGAAUGAAAUGGAAGGCCAGCAUCCUUUAGUUCUUGAAGCUAAAAUGUAUCACCGGAUGCAUAUUAUUGUCAGCAUCCAAAAGGUGAUUUAGCAAUUUAGAUGCCUGAAUAAAACUGGAGAUCUCGAUGUAUGUUACUGUCA